GAGGCGGGCUGCGGCGCGGAUUGGAACAGGCACGCACGGGGGCAGCCCCGGAGGGCCGUCCCAGAAGCCCCCGCGCCGCCGGGGUCCUAGCAGGCAGCACCGCCUUCUGCCGCAUGUGCCUGCAACGCGAUGCCCAAAUCCAAGCGCGACAAGAAAGUUUCCUUAACCAAAACUGCCAAGAAAGGCUUAGAACUGAAACAGAACCUGAUAGAAGAGCUUCGGAAAUGUGUGGACACGUACAAGUACCUUUUCCUCUUCUCCGUGGCCAACAUGAGGAACAGCAAGCUAAAGGACAUCCGGAGCGCCUGGAAGCACAGCCGGAUGUUCUUUGGCAAAAACAAGGUGAUGAUGGUGGCCUUGGGCCGAAGCCCAGCUGACGAGUACAAAGACAACCUACAUCAGGUCAGCAAGAAGUUGAGGGGUGAGGUCGGUCUCCUUUUCACCAACCGCACCAAGGAGGAAGUGAAUGAGUGGUUUACAAAAUACACGGAAAUGGACUUCGCUCGAGCUGGAAACAAAGCAACUUUCACUGUGACCCUGGACCCAGGGCCCCUGGAGCAGUUCCCCCACUCCAUGGAGCCACAGCUGAGGCAGCUGGGCCUGCCCACCGCCCUCAAGAGAGGUGUGGUGACCCUGCUGUCCGACCACGAGGUGUGCAAGGAGGGCGAUGUGCUGACCCCAGAGCAGGCCCGCGUGCUGAAGCUUUUCGGGUAUGAGAUGGCUGAAUUCAAGGUCACCAUCAAAUACAUGUGGGAUGCACAGUCCGGAAGGUUCCAGCAGAUGGGAGAUGACUUGCCCGAGAGUGCAUCCGAAUCAGCAGAAGAAUCAGAGGGGGAGGACAAUGGCUGACGGACACUUGGCUGGUCUGUGGGACCGCCAUCCCGCUGGCCGAACAGCAGGGAGGGCAUGAGGGAUGGACUGCUUUUUUGUAAGCAAUGAAACUGUCUGCGGGUGGCUCCUGUGGACAGCAAAGAGAACAUUUUCUAGGAAAAAAGGUCUUGGCUUUGAGCUUUUGUUUGGAUUCCCUGGGUGCCUUUCGUUAACUUGGAGCUAGCUUCCAGCACCAACUCCCACAUGAUGGCUGGGGACCUCCUACAUGAUGGCUGGGGACGUGGGGGCCACUACCGGAGCUGGGGCUUCUCUAUUCUGGCCCUUGUGCCCCUCCUGGAAACGGGUUUGUCAAGGAAUAGAGGAACCCUGGCUACCCUUCCUACCUCUUUCUCUCCCUCCUACCCCCACCCCAUCCCCCACCAAACCAGGGCCAGGGUCUAAUGACAAGACAGGACACUUUCACUAAGAGUAAAGCCACUGCUGAAACCCAGAGCAGAUACGAAA